GUUGUCGCCGUCGUCGUUUCUCUCAUUUCUGCUCUGUUGUGCUAUCGUAGCGUCGCGCUCCUUUAAACGCGACGGACGCAGCCUUCUCUGUUCAUCGUUUCGCCGGAAGUUUUCUUCAGCGGAGAUUUAUUUUCAGCUGGUUAGUAGUUUUGAGUGACUACUGAGGUAACAAUGGUUGUAGAAACUAUCGAGAGGUCUUGUGAGGGUUCAAAGAGAAGACAUGUGAACGGUGGAGAUAUCGCUGUUCCUUGUUCGGGAGAAGAGUGUAGCAAUGGAGAUAUAAAUGUAGCUCCUGGAGUUUCAGCGAAAAGAGCUAGGGUUUCUAGAGAAAUGACGUUUGAAGAUAUUUACGGUGCUGAUGCAUUACUCAAUGAUGACGAUGAUGAGGAUGAUGAUUGUGAUUGGGAACCUGUGCAGGCGCCUAUGGAGUUUGUAAAAUGGUGUUGUGUCAAUUGCACUAUGUCGAACCCUGGUGAUAUGGUCCACUGUUGUAUAUGCGGUGAGCACAAGGAAUCUGGCAUUUUGAGGCAUGGAUAUUUAGCGUCUCCCUUUUUUAAAGACACUGGUCUCAUUGAAGUCGAGGAGAAAUAUGGAGGAAGCUCAUCUGCAACCAGCUCGACAGCUGUUGGGUUCGACGAGAGAAUGUUGCUACACUCAGAAUUUGAAGUGAAGGCACAACCACAUCCAGAGAGACCUGAUCGUCUUCGAGCUAUAGCUGCUAGUCUUGCCACAGCUGGUGUUUUUCCUGGAAGAUGCUUGCCUAUCAAUGCAAGGGAAAUCACGAAACAAGAACUCCAGAUGGUCCACACUUCAGAGCAUGUUGAUGCUGUUGAUACUACAAGCCAGCUUCUCUAUAGCUACUUCACCUCUGACACAUAUGCUAAUGAGUAUUCAGCACGUGCUGCUAGACUUGCAGCAGGUUUGUGCGCUGAUCUAGCUACAGAUAUUUUCACUGGCCGUGUAAAAAAUGGUUUUGCUUUGGUUAGACCUCCCGGUCAUCAUGCUGGCGUCAGGCAUGCUAUGGGGUUUUGCCUUCACAAUAAUGCAGCCGUUGCUGCAUUAGUAGCACAAGCAGCAGGGGCAAAGAAGGUGCUGAUUGUGGACUGGGAUGUCCAUCAUGGCAACGGAACCCAAGAGAUAUUCGAACAAAACAAAUCUGUAUUGUACAUAUCCUUGCACAGACAUGAGGGAGGAAACUUCUAUCCCGGUACUGGAGCUGCUGAUGAGGUUGGUUCUAAUGGUGGGGAAGGUUAUUGUGUAAAUGUUCCAUGGAGUUGCGGUGGAGUUGGGGAUAAAGACUAUAUCUUUGCGUUUCAACAUGUGGUUCUCCCCAUAGCUUCUGCAUUUUCUCCAGAUUUUGUCAUCAUAUCUGCGGGAUUUGAUGCGGCUAGAGGAGACCCACUAGGAUGCUGUGAUGUGACUCCGGCUGGCUAUUCUCGAAUGACACAGAUGUUGGGUGAUCUGUGUGGUGGGAAAAUGCUAGUUAUUCUCGAGGGCGGGUAUGUGUUUUGCAGUUUUUUGGAGUAGCCUCUUGGUUUGUAAGGAGCAGCUUUUGAAUAAUCUCCUGUUUUCAUUUGCAGCUACAAUCUUCGCUCCAUAUCUGCUUCUGCAACAGCAGUGAUCAAGGUUAGUCUCUAUUUCAAACUUGAUAUCCUUUAAAAUCUGCAUAUAGUUAUGGAGAUUCAUGAUCCCGCUUAAUCUAUAAAGGUGCUUCUGGGUGAAAAUCCGGAGAACGAGUUGCCCAUCGCCACCACGCCUUCAGUAGCCGGCCUGCAAACUGUUCUUGAUGUACUGAAUAUCCAACUGGAGUUCUGGCCAUCACUUGCUAUCAGCUACUCCAAAUUACUCUCAGAGUUGGAAGCACGUCUGAUCGAAAACAAAAAAAAUCAGAUGAAAAGGAAGGUUGUUCGGGUUCCGACAUGGUGGAAAUGGGGACGAAAGAAGCUUUUGUACAACUUUCUCUCGGCUCGUAUGAUUUCAAGAUCAAAGUGAUUUUAGAAAGCAUUCUUCCUAAUCCGUCGUAGGAAUUGUCUACACUUACUUGUAACCCUAACUGAUCUGGGGGAAUUUAUUGCAAUUAGGGAGCUCUGAACAAUCUUUAUCACUUACAUUUGGUAGGGUUUUAUAGAAAGAACCCUUUUAACCUGCUUACCAACCAUCCUCAUCAGACCUCUUAAGCUAGGCAAUCGGUUUGGAUAAACGAAUUCCUACUUUAACCAAAUUUAUAGUUCGGUUUGGUUUAUCUUAAAAUUAUUGAUGUCGAACCAAACCAAAAACAAAUUUCUUGUUCAUUUCUCG